UCCCCGGAACGGACGCGUCAUUGAAAGGUGGUCGAAACGAAAAAAUCAUUAAAAACUCAUUUAUCAAGUUAAAGGUCCAAAGCCUUGGUGCCCUAACAACCCAGUUUCGGAAUUGUUUUAUAUUUGUGUUACUUAUUUGACGAGUGUUGACUUAUUUUGACGAAAUGGUUUUCGAAAAGGAGAAUUUUGCCGAAAACAUGGAAAACCUGAUCAAGAACAACCGCAAAGUAUUGACGGAAAGCGGAGCAAACGUCACUACCGCGCCCCAGACCAAAGCUAUUACCAGCACGAUGGAUGAGGAAAAGGGCAACGGUGUUGAUGAUCCGAAGCAGCUGGUCAAGAGUGAGUUGUCGGAGGUGCACAAAAGCGAACCGACACCCUUCGAUCCGUCGAUUGAGCCCCUGCUGAGGGACAACCCUCGCCGGUUCGUCAUUUUCCCGAUCCAGUACCACGAUAUCUGGCAAAUGUACAAGAAGGCCGAAGCUUCUUUCUGGACCGUUGAAGAAGUGGAUCUAUCCAAGGACAUGUGUCACUGGGAAAAGCUGAAACCUUGCGAACGUCACUUUAUCUCCCACGUGCUGGCAUUCUUUGCGGCGUCGGACGGCAUUGUGAACGAGAACUUGGUCGAACGGUUCAGCCAAGAGGUUCAGGUUACGGAAGCGCGCUGUUUCUACGGUUUCCAGAUCGCAAUGGAGAACGUCCAUAGCGAGAUGUACUCCUUGCUCAUCGACACUUACAUUCGGAAUCCGGAAGAAAGAGAGUUCCUGUUUAACGCCAUUGAAACGCUGCCGUGCGUCAAGCGGAAGGCCGACUGGGCACUCAAUUGGAUUUCGAGCAAGGAGGCAAACUUUGGCGAGCGUGUGGUUGCGUUCGCCGCCGUGGAGGGUAUCUUCUUCAGCGGCAGCUUCGCGUCCAUUUUCUGGCUGAAGAAGCGUGGCUUGAUGCCGGGUUUGACCUUCUCGAAUGAGCUGAUCUCGCGUGACGAGGGCCUACACUGUGAUUUUGCUUGCCUCAUGUUCAAGUAUCUGGUACAGAAGCCCUCGACGGUACGCGUGACGGAGAUAAUCCGAGACGCGGUUGUUAUCGAGCAAGAGUUCCUCACCAAAGCGCUGCCGGUCGACAUGCUGGGCAUGAACUGCGAACUGAUGUCUCAGUACAUUGAGUUCGUCGCCGAUCGAUUGCUGGUAGAGCUCGGCUGUGAGAAGGUUUACAACUCACAAAAUCCGUUUAGCUUUAUGGAAUUUAUUUCGCUCGAAGGUAAAACGAACUUCUUCGAGAAGAAGGUCGGCGAGUAUCAGAAGUGGGGUGUGAUGGCCAAACGGUCGGACAACGUUUUCACGCUCGAUGCUGACUUCUAGAAACGGAUGCAGCAGACCUCGACAUCAUCGCAUGCGUGCUUUACUCUUCCAUCGGUCGAGCGCAUCUGGAAUGCGUACGAAAACCGGUGCACUAUCUUAUUUCUAUUUUUCCGACAAACGGUUUUUUCUACAGGCACAUUUGCAUUAUCUCCAUCAAAAUGAAGGACGAAGACGAAACAGUGUGAUUUAGCUUAAAGGAAGAGUUCCGAAACAAAGGACAAACGUUCAUGUGAACGAACGACGGCUCUUUCCAGAUUUUAUAGUUCAAGCGGAGGCCUGGUUAAAAUCCAUAUUUGAAUGUUUUCAUAUACAGUCUUUCUUACAGUUCAAUCUCCUUAUCAGUAAGUCGACAGCGCUUUGUUUUGAUGAUGGGUAGGAUCUCUACUAAGAAUUGUACUUACGAAAGUGCUCGGUUUUCCUAAAUCAUUUGAAAGAAAAUAGGCGGCAAAAUGCCAAUCGGAUUUUGACUGCCGCUAACGCGGAAGUACACACUUUCAAGCACCCGUAAGGGACAGCCUUUCCUUAUUUCGCCCACAUCUUUCCGUCGCCGUGACAAGGAGUACAGAAUAGAGCUGUCUAUCUCGAGGAUACGGUGUAAAUUAGAAUUAUGCAUAACUAUAUGUUAAUGACGUGCAUUAUAUAUAAUACAGUUUCAUAUGACAUCGUUUUGGUGAAUCUAAAAUACAUGA